AUGCGUCGCGCGACCGGCUGCCCGCUGAGCCAGAUCUGCAUCCCCCCUCCCGCCGUCCUGGUGAGGAGCUUCCCGGUGAGGUCCAGCCCGGAUCCCUGCGGCACCGCCGGCGGCUUCCAGUGCUUCCCUCCCCGCAGGAGCCCCUGCUGCUUCCCCGGCACCACCACCUACGUCAGCCUGGGGAGCCUGGCCGCGGCCCAGGCCGCCGGCUGCGCCAAGCCCUGCGGCCUCGUGGCCACCACGUGUGUCCCCCCGUGCUGCCAGGGCGUGGCCGGGUGCACCACCACGUGCAGGAACCCCUGCUGCUGCUGCCGGGUGACCGAGAGCUGCACCAGGAGCCAGGACUGCUGCCAGGAGGUGGCCAAGUGCUCCACAGCCACGUGCCAGGAUCUGUGUUGCCAGGAGGUCACCAAGUGUGUCACCACGUGUCAGGAUCCAUGUUGCCAGGAGGUCACCAAGUGCACAACCACAUGUCAGGAUCCGUGUUGCCAGGAGGUCACCAAGUAUGUCACCACAUGUCAGGAUCCAUGUCGUCAGGAGGUCACCAAGUGUGUCACCACGUGCCAAGAUCCCUGCUGCCAGGAGGUGUCCAAGUGCACCACAACAUGCCAAGAUCCGUGUUGCAAGGAAGUGACCAAGUGCACCACCACAUGUGUGGAUCCGUGUUGUAAGGAGGUCACCAAGUGUGUCACCACGUGCCAGGAUCCCUGCUGCAAAGAGGUCACCACAUGCACCACAACGUGCCAGGAUCCGUGUUGUAAGGAGGUCACCAAGUGUGCCACCACGUGCCAGGAUCCCUGCUGCAAAGAGGUCACCAAGUGCAGAACCAGGUGUGUGGACCCAUGUUGUCAGGAGGUCUCCAAGUGCAGAACCAGAUGUGUUGACCCGUGUUGUCAGGAGGUCACCAAGCGUGUCACCACGUGCCAGGAUCCCUGCUGCAAAGAGGUCACCAAGUGCAGAACCACGUGUUUGGAUCCAUGCUGCCAGGAGGUCACCAAGUGUAUCACCACGUGUCAGGAUCCAUGUUGUCAGGAGGUCACCAAGUGUGUCACCACAUGUCAGGAUCCCUGUUGUAAGGAGGUCACCAAGUGUGUCACCACGUGCCAAGAUCCCUGCUGCCAGGAGGUGUCCAAGUGCACCACAACAUGCCAAGACCCGUGUUGCAAGGAAGUGACCACGUGUGCCACGUGUGUGGACCCGUGUUGUCAGGAGGUCUCCAAGUGUUUCACCAGGUGUGUGGACCCGUGUUGUCAGGAGGUCACCAGGUGUGUCACCACGUGUGUGGACCCGUGUUGUCAGGAGGUCACCAAGUGCAGAACCAGAUGUGUGGAUCCUUGCUGCCAGGAGGUCUCCAAGUGCAGAACCAGUUGUGUUGACCCGUGUUGUCAGGAGGUCACCAAGUGCAGAACCAGAUGUGUGGAUCCUUGCUGCCAGGAGGUCUCCAAGUGCAGAACCACAUGCCAGGAUCCCUGCGGCAAGGAGGUCACCAAGUGUGUCACCAGGUGUGUGGACCCGUGUUGUCAGGAGGUCUCCAAGUGCAGAACCAGUUGUGUUGACCCGUGUUGUCAGGAGGUCACCAAGCGUGUCACCACGUGCCAAGAUCCCUGCUGCCAGGAGGUCACCAAGUGCAGAACCAGAUGUGUUGAUCCAUGCUGCCAAGAGGUCACCAAGUGCAUCACAACCUGCCAAGAUCCCUGUGGCAAGGAGGUCACCAAGUGCAGAACCAGGUGUGUGGAUCCCUGUUGUCAGGAGGUCACCAAGUGUGUCACCACGUGUGUGGAUCCGUGUUGCCAGGAGGUCACCAAGUGCACCACCAGAUGUGUUGAUCCCUGCUGCCAGGGAGUGACCUCUUGUGCCACCAGGUGUGUGGAUCUGUGUUGCCAGGGGGUGGCCAGGUGCGUCACCACCUGCCAAGAUCCCUGUUGCGUCACCAGAUGUGCCACCAGGUGUGUGGACCCCUGCUGCCAGGGAUGCCGCGGCGGUGUCCAGGUUGUCACCAGGUGUGCCGACUCCUGUCCCACCACCUGUGUCACCCAGACGUGCCCCGUGUGCGGCCAGCGCUGCUCCGUCUCGGGCUGCCCCAAAUUCCGGGCUCGCUGA